UCGGCGGAUGCGGAGAGCCGUUUCUCACGCGAUGGAUGCCAGGGCUGGAUUAAGCAGUUCCGAUAUGGCGCUGGCCUAUGCAGCUAAAAGCUCUAGCUGUCUUGUGCUAUGCUCCUCACUCUUCUUCAAUAUUACCCAGCUAUGCACCAUCCUUGGGCCUCAACAUUGGAGACACCUUCUGAUAGCGAUCGCACGUGUUUUGAUAUAUGUUUUAUUGGAGUGUCUUGUGAGAGCCGUGAUAUCUUUGCUUUCCUGUUGAUGGUCCUGCAAAACGAUGGACAAACGUCGCGACAACGGAAAUGGGGAGGGAAGGGGCUUCGCAGGCUUCAACGGCUGUGCAGGAAGCAGCACAUUCCCACAUUGACGACCGA